CCACCAGCCAAGCUCGAAAAACUAAACCAAAUUAGCUGACCGAGCUUCUCCCGCGCGCGAGAGAUGGCGGCGUUACUACGUACCGCCGUCCGGCAGGCGGCGCCGGCCAUCCGCUUCUCCGGUCACACUGCAGCCACCGGCGCCGCCGUGGCCCGUAGCACGUUCCAGCGGAGGACAAUGCACUCGGGCGGUGGCUGGCAUAAUUUCUACGCGUCGCCCGUCUUCUUUGGCUCCGGCCACUGGAACAGAACGGAUAACUACUUCGCGGUGUUCGCUGUCACGGUGAUGCUCGCGUACCGCCACUACGUUAUGGAGCAGGCGGACAAGAGGUGGAGCAGGGAGCAGAGCAGGAAGGAAGAACGAGAGAGGUUGUGGGCUCGGUUUCAGACCGGCGGCCAAAGCAACGGUGAAUGUGGAGGGUGUCGAUGAAACCUAGCUCUAAAUCUCACCCUGAACUUGAAGACUGUGUGAUAAUGUGUAGUUACCUAAAGUGCCAUUACGAAAUUUGUUUGCGGGAACCGGAACAGACUACACUACUAUGCCUAAAAUACCAAUGAAGUACUAAAAUAGGGAUGCG